GCUACUGCUUUAAUUUUACCUUCAUGUUAUUUCCACUCUACCAUUCUUUUUUAUGAUAGAGUUCUUCUCGAUCGAGUUUUUUUGUGCAUUGUUGGUUUUUUGUGUGCAUUGCUCUAUCCACUACUUGAAGUCCUAAAUAUAUCAUUUUUUUAGCGUCUAAUCCGAACAAGGUCGUAUAAAAGAAGAUGUUAAAAUACUAAUCAACACAGUAUUCUAAUGUCUACUCUGUAUAGAAUGGUGUCAACAAGAAGAGAAAAGUACGGUCUGGGAAAGUACUAUGUCACAGAACUGAGUGACUACACAAUUCCUCUAAAGGAUGGUGUGGCGCUGUCAUGCCGUGUCUGGGUCCCCGACAUCAGACACGGUCCCUCCAACUCAUUCUCUGAGCAGUUCAACACUUUUAACUCUAACUCCACUGAUGUAAGGAUUAUAUUUGGAGAAGGUGAAGAAACAGUUGAAGAUGACAUUGUUGUUGUUGAUGACGAAGAAACAGUCGAUAAGGAGGAGAGGUUCCCGGUUAUCCUGGAAUACCUGCCCUACUACAAGGAUAUACUGACAGCAGCUCGGGACUACAACAGACACCCCUGGUUUUCUUCUCACGGCUUCGUGGUAAUGAGAGUGGAGAUGAGAGGGACUGGAGCUUCAGACGGGUGCUACUACGGAGAGUAUCUACCCCAGGAGAUGAGCGACUGUUCAGAAGUGCUCCAGUUCAUCAGCCAGCAGUCCUGGAGUAACAGUAAGGUGGGGAUGUAUGGUAAGAGCUGGGGUGGGUUUAACGGACUUCAGAUGGCGUACCUGGAGCCGGAGAGUAGCCCGUUGAAGACAGCUAUAUCACUGUACUCCACUGAUAACCGGUAUACUGAUGAUAUACAUUACGAGGGAGGUUGUCCUAUCGGAUCAGGGCUGCUUUCCUGGUCCAGCUUUAUGUUUGCUAUAAACGCUCUUCCUCCCCCUCCUCGACUUUUCGACACGAAACUGGAAUGGUAUCAGACGUGGUUAAAAAGGCUGGAGAAAUCCUCUAAAUCGCCAAUGUCUUCCUGGACCAAUAACCAGCUCCCCGGACCGUUCUGGGAACAUGGAUCAAUUGAUGAGGACUACAAGAAGGUCACUGUCCCUAUCCUCGCUAUUGGGGGCCUGGAGGAUGGAUACACCACGGCCAUUGAGCGGAUGGCAAGGAAGCUUAACAGAUCCUCUAAAGUAAUUAUCGGCCCCUGGGUCCACAACUGGCCUGACGUGUCUGCGACGGGACCACGCAUAGAGUUUCUUGAUAUGUGUCUCAACUGGUUUAGUUAUCACCUCAAAGAUGUUCAUACUGAGCAGGAAAAUAAGUGUUCUUCUUGGCCACGGCUGCAACUCUUUGUACGAAACAGUUUUAAACCAGAAGACAUAUUGUGUUCUGAAGACGGGGAAAUUGGAGAUGUUGGCAGGUUUGUGGCUUUUGACGACUGGGAGGAGAGGGGGACAAAGGUAGCGGAUACUUGCAAGCAUCUCACUGUAAAAAGUUUUCUUCCCGGCGAGUCUCAUGUUGCAAGCAACGAUAAAAUGGUAGAGGUCCUUUUCAUCACAACUACCACUGACAAUAUCAACAAAAUAACAACAUAUAAGCCGCCAAGUGAACCGUGUUGUGAACCAAUUCAACUGCUGAACCAUCCUCUCCAAGGUGUUAACAGUGGUCACUGGUUACGGAUCGACUGGGGGUUCUCUGGGGACCAGACCGCAUCAAUUGAUAACUCGGUCUCAUUCUCUUCUGAUCCAUUAGAAACAUCUCUGGUUAUGAUUGGAACACCAAACUUUGUAGUAAAACUGUCUGCUUCUUGUUGGAAAAGGGUUUACCUCUCCGUUAAAGUAUGUGACAUCCACCCAGACGGAUUUGCCACUCUAGUCACAAGAUGUCAGUUUGAUCUCAACUAUCUGCAACCCCUCGAAUGUGAAGAAGAUAGCAGGACAUUCUCACUCCCUAUGAGAUUCACAUCACAUUGCUUCCUGCCUGCUCACAAGAUCUCCCUCUCUAUCUCCCCAAACAACUUCCCACUUCUGUGGCCCUCUCUUGUUCCUUCUCAUCUCUACAUAAAACCUAGUGCCUGCAUGUUUCUCUACCAGACAGAGAGUUUGGAUUAUCUGAGUAACAACACUGUUACAUUUCCAGCUCCGAGACCCCUUUUGAGCAUGCCGUACCGCUCCACUACUCCGGGCACUAACUCUUAUCUAGUUACCAACAUUGGGGACAGAGUGAAGUUUGUGUUCAGGGAGGAUUCCGGGGUGGAGUCCCUGCCUCACACCAUAAACCUGAAACACUUCGAGAAAUCCCACGAGAGUUACGAGUGUGACACUGAGGUGACUGAAGCUGUAGCUAAGAUCCACCAGGAGCACGUGGUGGUGUUUCAUUCCCUGGAGUUCAGCGACACGUGUGAGAAGGAGGUCGGGGUCAGGAUCAGGACACACCAGGUCUUGUCGGGGGAUGCUGACUCUUAUUAUUUGGAGGAGAGACUAGUUGUGAGUUGGUCGGAGUGUGGCGAAGAGAUCUUUGCAAGGAAGUGGAAAGAUGUCAUCCACAGACAGGACCAUCAUACGUGGAGUUAGGGACUUGGAGUUAAAAUUUAAAAUGUUCACUGAAAGCGGAAGACAAUUAACAUGUGUUUUUUUUUAAAGCUUCUGUUACUAAUAGUAAUUCUACAAACUAUUGUAUCACUUUUUUCAUACUUGUAGGAUACAAGGAUACAAGGAUACAAGGAUACAAAAGUGAUAAAUAUUUUAUUGAAUUCACAAUAGUUAUA